GCCACUUCUUUCUCCGCUAUGGAAGACGAGAAGAUCUCGCCGGACAAGCCAAAGAAGAAAACCACAAAUGCACAGCGGAAGUCCCUUACGUGCAAGUACUGUGGUCGGCCCUUCGCGCGGCUAGAGCAUCUCCAAAGACAUCUCCGCACACAUACGAAAGAGAAACCCUUCUCCUGUGAUAAUUGCUCCAAAUCAUUCGCAAGGAGUGACUUGCUUGUUCGCCAUGAGAGAUUGGUCCAUUCAGCCGACAAUGCAGGGCAUCGGGGAGAACAUCGGAAUCAUAAUAAUCAUGAAGUGCAUCCUCAAGCGCCAACCCCCAUGAUAACGCCUGCCUCCAACGAUUCGCGAAUGCUCGAGCUCGCGGACGCAGUGAUUAUCCAGCCGGAACAGGUUCCCGCGCCGCCGCCGAAUCCCCCGACACAGCAUGCGCCGCUAGUAGGGCCACCUCAUUUUAAUCCAUCCUGGGGAUAUGACCUCAAUCUUCUGUCCCACGCGGCCAGCCAUGUGGCUCUCGAAGGCCAGCAGGAGAGCGUCGAGUCGGUUCGGAAGUCUUCACAGCAUGCAGACCCUCCUCACACACUUCCGCAUGUUCCGGAGAGAUCGAUCACCGACACCUAUGGGGUGGAGCCUUCGAUUCUCGAUAUGACCGAUCUAGGGGAUCCGGUUCAAGACUUCACCGUCUUUCUAGAAAGCGUGGGUCUUUCAUCCGAUUGGGACUCGGGGUUUUUCUCAGUCGAAGACCCGACAUUACCGCCUAAUAUCUCCCUUGACUCAAGGACCCAAACUCGCGAAAGUGCUCCCAGCAGGCUCGGUGGAGAUAUUAUCAACGAUCCGAGACCUCCCGCAGAGGAACCGCCAUCAUUCUCAAACUUCGGCUCUCGCUUACCGUCACUCCAACCGGAAGAUGUAGAUGAUCGCAUUGGGCUUACCGACGAAAAUUCGCGGCCUGCAUGGGAUAUAUCCAAUACGGACCGUCAAAUAUUUCUAUCGAAACUCGAAGAAUUUUCCUAUGUCCUCCCAAGAGGAUUUGUUCCGCCAUCGAGACACGCCUUAUCUCGAUUCUUCGCCGGGUAUAUCAACGGCCUGAAUGAACACCUUCCUUUCCUCCACAUUCCGACACUCUCGAUUGCCAAAUGCUCUCCCGAACUCACGCUCGCCUUAGCAGCUGCAGGGUCACACUAUCGAUUCGAAAACAGCCGAGGAGUGGACCUCUUCCAUGCAUCAAAAGCUGUUCUGCUGGAGCGCCUCCGAAAAAGAGAUAGCAAGCAAGCUCCAUACCCAACAUGGAACUUCGUAUCCCCAUCUUCUGGCUUCCAUAACUCCCCUGGAUCUUCAAUCACUUCAAAUACCGCCAAUAGUCCUUUUCAGAGCCAUCAUAUGGCCACUCAUUCCAUUGACCCUGCAUGCUAUGCAAUGGAUGAAUCUGAGGCCCAUAUGGAGGUCAUUCGGACUUUCUUGUUGCUUACAGUGUUUGCAUCUUGGGAAAGACAUCCCGACUUACUACGAGAGAUUCUUUCACUACAAAGUACUUUAGCCAGGCUUGUUCGGGAGCAUGGCCUGUCGGAACCAGCUUCAACCCCUGAAAAUCUGAGCUGGGACGAAUGGAUACGGCAAGAAGGCAACAGACGCACGAAACUCAUCGUGUAUUGCUUCUUUAACCUCCAUUCUAUAAUGUAUGAUAUUCCGCCGCUUCUCUUAAACGCCGAGUUGAAUUUGAACAUGCCGUGUUCACACGAUGUCUGGAAAGCCAACAGUGCUGUCCACUGGCGACGUCUCUACCACGCCCGGCAUGGAUCACAAAUACCCUUCCAAGAGGCAUUUGCCAAGCUAUUCACCAAAUCCACGGUGCCAAACGUUUCGGCGCCUAUCUCACCUCUCGGGAAUUACAUUCUCAUUCAUGCCAUCAUCCAGCAGAUAUUCUUUGCCCGCCAGCUAUGUCUAUGUGCGCCGAAUAUGCAAGGUACGAGUUUGAGACAGGAAGACUUGACCGUCUUGGACAAUUCUUUGACUGCUUGGAAGGCAUUAUGGAAGCGUACACCCGAAUCUAGCAUUGAUCCUCAAAAUCCAGCGGGCCCAAUUGCUUUCACAUCCACAGCUCUUCUUGGUCUAGCUUACAUUAGAUUACAUGUUAAUCUAGGCCCUUGCCGUCAACUUAUAAGUCAAGAUCCAAGCCAGAUUGCCAGGGCUUUAAAUGCAUCAUCUCCCGUCCAGCGGAGUCCACGGCUCAUCAUGGCCCUAUUGCAUUCUGCACACGCACUUUCAAUCCCAGUACGGCUUGGGAUUGACUUUGUGGCGAGAACGCAUUCAUUUUUCUGGAGCAUUCAGCAUUCUCUCUGCAGCCUGGAGUGCGCGUUCCUUUUAAGCCGAUGGCUACUUGCCAUACCAUCCACGCAAUCUCAGCAGAGGUUGUCCGAACAUGAAAGAAAAUUACUCCUGUGGCUCAAGAGUAUGAUGGAUGAAACAGAAAUGAGCGUUGAUGCACCAGGGGCGCCUGACUUAGAUUUUAUUGCCAACCCAUACAAAGCCAAGCAACUCAGUGUCGCAAUUAUUCGUGUCUGGGCGAGAACCUUUAAAGGGAACACCAGCUGGGCAAUUGUAGACCUGGUCGGUUCCAGCUUGGAAGCUUACGCAGAUUUACUAGAGGGCUAA